AUGGAGUUUGGGGAACGGAAGAGGCGAAGGAAGUCACAGAGCUUUAAACUGGUCACGGAUGAAGAUUCUGACCCUUCAUAUAUGAUGAAUCCCAGCUGCAAAGAUGCCAACGGAGAGCCGAAGGGCCCUGCUGUGCCUGAUGUUUGGGUGGAGGAGGAGGGCAUCAAGAUCAAGAGGCAAAUCACAGGAAUGAUGAGGCUUCUGAGCGAUAAGACUGGCAGGGUAUAUCAGCGUGUGGGAACAGAGCAGGACAGCUUAACAAAGGAGCCCCAGGAUGGGCAUCUGACCUGGGCACAUCAGCCUGCACCUUUAUCUCUUGUGUCAGAUGACCACCACAGCAACAGCUGGAACUGUGCAGGGGACCCAGGGCCUUCACCUUCGUCCAUAUCCGCCAGCAUCCCAAACGGUCCAGUCUGUGGCCAGUACAGCACCCGCUCUAAAGCCGUGAGGAUCCUCACCAACAGCAAGGAUCUGAUCAAAGUGAACGAAGCCAACGCAGAUGUAGUCCCUCCUGCUGUGCCAGACCCCCCCUGCUGUAUGUGUAACUGUAAGGGCACCUUGCAGGCUAUUUUGCAGGAAAUGCGUGCCAUGAGGAGGCUGAUGCAGACUCAAAAAGCAUCCUUGGAAAGACAGGAACAGGCAGCAUCACCAUGCCAACCUCGUUUUGUUCCAGGCCCCGCUCCUCGCUGUAGGCCCCGCAAGAGGAGGCCAAUCUAUAAGGUGGCACCACUUGCUGUGACCAGUAGUAGAAGAGCUGCUCUUGCCCCUCUCGAGGCAUCGCCACUCAAACCCGCACCUGCAGAAUCUGGAAAGAGGGAAGAAUGUGAGAAAGAGCAAGACUCAUCUCCACCCAACAGCCAUCCAGCCUCCUCUGGGGUUUCAGUACUGCCACCGCAGAACAAUCCAGCAACUGUCAACAACACACACAAGCCUCUCCUGAGCCAACUAAGGGAACCUCAGUUGUUAGAGUCGGAGGUGCGUCUUGCAGAGGAUUAUGAUGUGUUUAUCUCAAAGGCUCAGCUAGACUCCAUUCUGGUCAACUAUACACGCUCUGGCAGCCUGCUGUUCAGGAAACUGGUGUGUGCCUUCUUCGACGAUGCUACCCUGGCUAACUCCCUGCCAAAUGGUAAAAGGAAGAGAGGGCUCAAUGAUAACCGUAAGGGCUUGGACCAGAACAUUGUGGGUGCCAUUAAAGUGUUUACAGAGAAAUACUGCACUGAACACAGAAUAGAUAAGUUGCCGGGGCCACGUGAUUGGGUUCAGAUCCUUCAAGAUCAGAUCAAACUUGCCAGAAGGAGGCUGAAAAGAGAUGCUGCAGAAGCAGAAGAAGCCUUAAAUGGACCUUCCACAAGCUGUGACUCUAACAAGCCUGCAAAUGUGAAAGGGGCAGAGGUGAACAUGAGUGGUUGA